AUGCCGGCGCUUGAAACCCUGCGUUUGGAGGAGGUGAGGGAGAUUACCGACCUGCCCGCCAGUCUCGGGCAGCUGCAGCGGCUGCGGCUCCUUUCAUUAACCUACUGCGACGAUUUAAGAUCAUUCCCCACCUCCCUUUCCUGCCUGCCUUCCCUGACGGACCUUAUUCUCGCCGGCCUAACACUCCACCAUCUGCCGGACGACGUCGGUUUCCUGCCACACCUACACACGCUCACGCUAGACAUCAAAACUCUCGCGCAUCUGCCUCACUCCAUAACCCUUGCCACUGCACUCAAGAAACUCACGCUGCAAAACUUCAGAGCUCUUCAAUCGCUACCCGAGGAUUUCGGGCAGCUGACUGCCCUGGAGACGCUGCGCUUAGCUAAGCUCCCGCAGCUUAGCCGCCUGCCGGCGUCGCUUGGCAACCUGACGAGCCUCAAGGAGCUGAAAAUAGCCGAGUGCAGCCUGCUGACGCAGCUUCCAGACUCCCUAAGUCAGCUAUCUUCCCUCGAGCGACUGCAAAUCAAUGACUGCUGCAAGCUGAGAUCGCUACCGCACGGCAUUGGGGAUGGUCUGCAUAGCUUGCGCAUACUGUGUCUGCUCGACUGCACGGCUCUCACCCACCUCCCUAGAUCCUUCUCCAGCCUUGCGUCCCUGCGACACCUAGCAAUCUGUGAAGCAACCAGCUUACGAGGCACACUACCAGGCAGGUUUUCCCACUUGACAAGCCUCAAGGAGCUCUAUCUCUCCUCCCUCAAUGCCUCCCUCCCUGCCUUCGCCUGCACCCUCACCAACCUCGUGGUCGUCAGGUCCACGCGAAUCAAGGCGGUGCCGGAGGAGAUCGGACGGCUGGGAGAGCUUGUUACACUUAAGCUCUCACAACUACCCAACUUGAAGUCGCUCCCUCGCUCGCUGUAUCAGCUGCCACGGUUAAAAUCUUUGCAUGUGAGUUCCUGCAGCGCAUUGGAGUCUCUGUUUGGGGAUGAAGACCAGGAGGGUGCGCGCACGGGGGGUGCACGCACGGGGGGUGCACGCUCGGGAGCCGCUGGGCAAGAGCGUGGGGGAAGAAUCGCCCGUCUGGAGCUAGCUGGUCACACGGGUAGCAACAGAGCCGCACGGGGGUGCGAGAAGAGUGGUACGGGUGUGUUGCUGCCAUCCCUGGAGGUCCUUGAGCUUGCAGAGCUUCCCCUGCAGCAGCUCGGUCCAUCGCUGGGCUGCUUCCCGUCGCUAACAAGCCUGCAAAUCCUCGACAUGGAUCGCCUCCAAUCGCUGCCAGAGUCCAUCUCUCGCCUCUCUUGCUUGCAGUCACUCGCGAUCAACCAUGCCAAAAGCCUGCUAGCUCUACCGAAGACGAUAGGGAAGCUCUCAGCACUCACAUCCCUCUAUUUGAACGGUCUCAUGGGCUUGACUGAGCUGCCCGAAUCAUUGGGGCAGCUGAAGAAGCUUCAGUCUCUUCAGAUUCACAACAGCCCGAGCCUAACGAGGCUUCCCGAGUCCUUCCCUGACCUCAGCGGAUUGCAGCGGUGUGGUUUGUCCAUUGUCGGAAUCUCGAGCUUUCCUCACGACUUCUGGAAGCUCUCUUCUCUCGUGGACCUCUCUUUGGCGUUCCUGCCCAAUCUCCGAAGCCUGCCCAAUAAUUUUUCGCAGCUGCCCGGUUUGGAGAACUUGGACCUGUACAAAUGCAAUCGGCUGGCCCGGUUACCCAGGGGGCUGCAGCAGAUGGGGAAGCUGCAGACAUGCAUUGUGAGUGAUUGCCCGGUGGUGGGGGUUGAAUGGAGGAUGGUGGUCUACCACCUGGACGAGGGAGAGCGCGCUGUGGGUGCCUCGGUGUGCGGGGAUGAUCUGGUGCCAGAGGAUGGGGAGGACGAGGAUGAGGACGGGAAUGGGAAGGAAGAGGAUGGGGAGGAAGAGGAUGGGGAGGAAGAGGAUGGGGAGGAAGAGGAUGGGAGAAAGAGGAUGGAGAGGAAGAGGAUGGGGAUGAAGAGGAUGGGAGAAAGAGGAUUGGGAGGAAGAGAAUGGGGGGGAAGAGGAUGGGGAGGAAGAGGAUGGGAGAAAGAGGAUGGGGAGGAAGAGGAUGUGAGAAAGAGGAUGGGGGGAAAGAGAAUGGGGAGGAAUGGGGAGGAAGAGGACGGGGAGGAAGAGGACGGGGAGGAGGAGGAUGGGGAGAAUGAGGAGGACGGAGAAACAGGAUGGGGAGGAAGAGUAUGGGGAGGAAAAGUAUGGGGAGGAAGAGGAUGGGGAGGAAGAGGAUGA